ACUUUUCUCCUUCUGUGUGUGUGUGUGUGUGUGUGUGUUAAACUUGCAGAGAAACAAGUUACCCUAGCUCAAAGCAACUUCCCCAACACCUUCAAGCUUCUUCAACAUGACCCAAGAUGUAGAGAUGAAGGAGCUCCCAGCUCCCUCCAAUUCAGCUUCCUCCUCUCCUCCCUCAACCCUCCAGCAUUUGAAGGAGAUUGCGUCUCUCAUUGAGACCGGCGCAUAUGCUCGAGAGGUUCGACGAAUUAUGCGUGUAGUCCGGCUUACCAUGGCGUUGAGGCGGAAGCUGAAUGCAACUGUGCUUGCCUCAUUCCUCAAUUUCGCACUCACCCCAGGAUCUGAGUUGCACGGCCGGUUGUUCUCGUAUCUUCCUAAGGAGGAUGAACAUGACAUGGAUGUUGACACUGCAACAUCUGGGACUCAAAUUGUUGCAAAGCACUCCUUGCCAGAGCUAGAGAUUUACUGCUAUUUGCUUGUGCUAAUAUUUCUGAUUGAUCAGAAGAGAUACAAUGAGGCUAAAGCUUGUGCCUCGGCAAGCAUUGCCCGAUUGAAGAACCUGAAUAGGAGAACUGUUGAUGUUUUAGCAUCCAGGCUCUAUUUUUAUUAUUCUCUUAGCUAUGAACUCACUGGGGAUCUUGCUGAAAUUAGAGGCAACCUCCUUUCCCUGCACCGAAUUGCAACCCUGCGCCGUGAUGAGUUGGGUCAGGAAACACUUCUUAACCUACUACUUCGCAACUACCUUCAUUACAACUUAUACGAUCAGGCAGAGAAACUUAGGUCAAAGGCACCUCGAUUUGAAGCCCAUUCAAAUCAGCAGUUCUGCCGCUACCUUUUCUACCUAGGAAAGAUCAGGACGAUUCAGUUGGAGUAUACAGAUGCAAAGGAAUCCCUCCUGCAAGCUGCUCGGAAAGCCCCUGUUGCAGCACUUGGUUUUCGAGUUCAAUGUAACAAGUGGGCAAUCAUUGUUCGUUUACUGCUAGGAGAAAUUCCUGAGAGGACUGUUUUUAUGCAGAAAGGCAUGGAGAAUGCUUUGAGACCAUAUUUUGAAUUGACAAAUGCAGUACGAAUUGGUGAUCUGGAGCUCUUCAGGAAUGUUGCUGAGAAGUUUUCAGAUACUUUCAAUUCAGAUCGGACCCAUAAUUUGAUUGUUAGGCUGCGGCACAAUGUCAUAAGGACUGGGCUACGCAACAUCAGCAUAUCUUAUUCCCGUAUCUCUCUGGUUGAUGUUGCAAAGAAGCUGAGACUGGACUCUGCGAACCCUGUUGCUGAUGCUGAGAGUAUUGUAUCAAAGGCAAUCAGAGAUGGUGCAAUUGAUGCCACAAUAGAUCAUGCAAAUGGAUGGAUGGUAUCAAAGGAGACUGGGGAUAUCUACUCUACAAAUGAGCCUCAAUUCGCAUUUAACUCAAGGAUUGCUUUUUGCCUCAAUAUGCAUAAUGAGGCAGUGCGUGCACUUCGAUUUCCACCAAAUUCUCAUAAAGAGAAAGAAAGUGCUGAAAAGAGGAGGGAGAGACAACAGCAGGAGCAAGAGCUUGCAAAGCACAUUGCUGAGGAGGAUGACGAUGAGUUUUGAUUGCAAAGUAAUACGCAAAAGGCACUUUAAUGCUUUGUGCAAUGUUUUCCAUCAAGUUUUCAUCUCUUUGGAAUUCUCUGGCAACGUGCUUUCAUUUACUGGUUUUUAGAUCAUUAUUAGACCUUUCGUUUAAUUUAUUUUAUAUCUUAGGUUCAUUGUUUAAAAUCUGACUGACUUUUCUUUUGCCAUGCUGAAUUAUAAUCUGAAGUUUCAUCUUUUCCUUUGAA